AUUUCAUACAGACAGAUACAGCAACUUGGGGUAUUUACUUAAAGAAACUGGUAUAUAAUUUGUCAAAGCAUAUUGGUGUGGGAAUCGAAAGGGCGAAAAAGGUAACAUGGCAAACGGAAUAAAGGCAAGGCUAGGCUUGACAUAUUUGUCUUUGACGGUUCCUAGAGAAAAACAGAACAAAGCCAAAGCAAAACCUUCAGUUUUCAGAUUAUUUUCCUCACCACUUUUCUUCUCUUCUUCCCCAUCUCCUUUCCCUUUGUGCUUUUCCUUAACCUCUCUACUUCCCUUCUUCACAUUCUCCUUUUGCAACAAUGGCAGGUGCAAUCCACGCCACAAAGCACCAAAAACUCCCACUUGCACAACACCAAGAGGACCAAAAUAAGUUCUAUUACCAUUUCCUCUACAAAGCCACACUAGUCCUCAUCUUCUUCGUUAUUCUCCCUCUCUUCCCCUCACAGGCUCCUGAAUUCAUCAACCAGUCACUCCUCACCAGAAACUGGGAACUCCUCCACCUUCUCUUCGUUGGCGUCGCCAUCUCCUACGGCCUCUUCAGCCGCCGGAACGAUGAAACGGAGAAAGAGCAUAACAACAACAACUCAAAGUUCGACACUGCACAAACUCUUGUGUCAAGGUUCCUUCAGGUGUCAUCUUUUUUCGAGGACGAGAGUGAGAGCCCGGUCGAGUCCGAUAACGAAACAAAAGUCCAAACGUGGAGCAGUCAACACUACAGGAACGAACCUGUGGUUGUUGUUGCUGCCUCUCCACGGUUGAAAAAGCAUUCUAGUUUUGAUGACCAGAGUGGAGAUAAGCCUUUGCUUUUGCCUAUUCGAAGCUUGAAGUCUCGAUUAUCUGAUGAAGCUGAAGAUGUUGAUGUUCAAUCUCUGAACAGGUCGAUGAACUCCAAAAGAUUUUCAAGCAAUUCGAAUAGAAAAGCAGAAGUUGAAGCUGAUGCUGAUGUUCAAUCUCUAAAUAGGUCAACAACCUUCAAAAGGUUUUCAAGCAAUUCAAACAGAAAUGGAGAAGUUGAAGCUGAUGGUGUUGGUGUUGAUGUUGAUGUUCAAUCUAUAAGUAGGUCAACAAUUUCUCAAAGAUUUUCAAGCAAUUCGAAUAGAAAAGCUGAAGUUGAAGCUGAUGAUGUUGAUGUCCAUGUUCAGUCUCUAAAUAGGUCAACAUCUUCCAAAAGAUUUUCAUGCAAUUCAAACAGAAACACAGAAGUUGAAAGUUCUAGAGUUGAGAACAAGAACAAAGAGAGCGUGGUGCUUCCUUCUCCGAUUCCAUGGCGUUCAAGAUCAGGAAGAUUGGAACCUAAGCAAGAAGAAUUUGAUGAUGCCUUCAACAUGAUGCUUUCUCCUUCAAAGGAGGAAUCUCGCCCAGUGAAGUCUCAACCUUCACGUGCUUCUUCGCGAGCAAGUUCGGUGUCUCCUUCGCCUUCUUUCUCAUCAGAAUCGCUUGCGAAGAACUCAGAGGACUCGGUGAGGAAGAAGGCCUUCUACAAGUCAUGUCCUCCACCGCCUCCGCCACCGCCACCAAUGAUGUUUCACAAAUCAGUGUCCAUGAAGCCAAGGUAUGGUGGUUCAUUCAAUGAAGAACCUUCCUUCAAUAAGGAGUUGAAGAGAAGCUUCAAAAGUGAGAGGAACAUGCCAGUGGGAAAAAAAAUUGAUGAAGAAAAUAAACCCAUGCAACGCACGUCGUUUAGAAGUGACAAGAUCAUGGGGCAUGCAAGUGUGCCUCUUGUGUCACAGCCAGCAGAGAAAGAAAGCUUUCUUGUGGAAUCUAAUGAUGAUGAAGACGAGGAUACGGAAACCGAGGACGAGGAUGUUGGAGGAGGAAGAAUCAUUGUUCAGAAUCAGAACAAUGACAGUGGGAAGGGUCCACAAGUUAUUGGUGGAGAAAGUUCAAAAACAGAUGGUGAUGAAGGACCAGAUGUGGAUAAGAAGGCUGAUGAGUUCAUUGCCAAGUUUAGAGAGCAAAUAAGGCUUCAAAGAAUUGAGUGUAUCAAGAGGAGUACAAAGAGUGCAAGAAACUCCACAAGGUAAUAAUAAUAUUGAAGAUGGAUAUCCUAUAUAUAUAUCCUUCUAUUUGCUACAUUAGUUAAAUGGGAUGUAAUUAAAUUGACCUGGUUGUUUCUUUCCAAGGCUUAAGGGUGUUAUUGAAUUGCUGUCCUCUUCCCCCCAACAUAAAUAUUUAUGGUAUAGACAAAUUACUGAUUUUACCUGCGCUU